GGUGACCUUACACUUGAAGUGUUUUAUUAUAAUCUGGAAUAGUUUACAAGAUCACAUAGCCAUGGCAACGAACGAAGACCGUUUGCAGAACAAAGUCGCGUCCAUUUCUUGUAAGUCCGUUGAGGAGUCGCAACGAAACUACGAGAAAUGGGCGGAAACAUACGAAAAGGAUUUACAUAAUGUUGGAUAUUCUGCACAUCUGGCUGUUUGUACACGCAUGUGCGAGAAAUUCCCGCCAGAAACACGACCUCAUGUCCGCAUCCUGGAUGUUGGAGCUGGGACUGGUCUCGCUGCAAAGGAGUUAAGAAAACAAGGAUUUAAGCACAUAGAUGGUCUGGAGCCACAAGGAACAAUGCUGGACAAAGCGCGGGAACUUGAUCUGUAUGAAAACUACUUCCAGACUUUUAUAACAGAAAAGCCUUUAGAUAUUCCUGCCAAUACAUAUGAUGCUGUUACCGGAAGUGGCAUAUAUGCGGAGGGAGGUCAUGUACCAUGUGAAGCGUUGAUAGAAAUGAUUAGACUUGUGAAACCAGGUGGCUAUAUUGCUCUGUGCACGCGGCAUGUUCUUGUACAAAAUUCGGAGAUAUACAAGUUUCUAGAACCUUUAAUGGACAAGCUGGAAGCCGAAGGCAAAUGGAAGAAAGAAUCUCGAGAGAUUUGGCCAAGAUUUUACAUGGAUAAAGACGGCAUCGUAUGGUGUUACAAAGUGCUCUGAAGUUAUACAAAUUUUUUUGGACAUUGCAAUCGAUCAUUUAAAUUUAAAGUGAAUGAAAUUAUGACAAAAUUAAAGUGUACCAGCUAUUUGUGUUUCACUCAUGCAUAAAUGCAAAUGUUGGGGUUUUAAUUGUGCUGUUCAGUUUGGAGUUGAAUUGUGAGUUCAAAUGUGUGGCUCAUCCUAACGCUCGUUCCAGCUUGAUACGCCUACAGAAAUUUAGGUCAAAGUGCAUCUAUUAAAGAUUAUAUUUA